AAUACUUUCGCCCGUUGCAAAGGCUACGAUGUCAAUCUUUCAGUGUGCGCUGUGGGAAAGGAGGCAUAGAGAAGCUAGAGUCACUAGAUAAGGAGCCCUGUUUAGUGACUCUAAGGGAAGCAUGCCAAAGGAACGAAACACCCGAAGUCCUUGGAAUGCCGCCAACGCGCAAGAUCGACAUAAAAGAGCCAUGGAACUGAAGUCACACACGCUGAGCGCUCUCUCACUUCUGUACCUGGUGUCAGUAGCCUUGGCUGAUCUCACACGCCACAAAGAGGAUUUCAAGACUCUUUUAUCAGACAAAGAGGAUUUCGUAUACACAAAAGAGGAAAGACAGGAUAUACAACGUACAGCUGUUCUUGGAGUAGGAGCGGUAGUUGGCAUCGCUAUAGCCAGCAUAGCAGCAGCGGUCCUCAUCUGCGUCGGGUGUUGCUGCCUUUGUGCGCGCGUUUGUAGAAAUCAGAAGACAGUGACGAACACCGUGGUGAUGCAACCACAAGGACAGCCAAACGCUGCAGCCUAUCCUGUCAGCGCGUAUCCUCAACAAGUGCAACCAAAUCCAUCCACUGGCAUGCCUCCUCCAGCAUAUGGGUCCAAGCAAUAAGCAUAGGAUCGUGCAAUGUAUAUCCCUUUGUCGCCAUGGUGUUUUCUACGCUGUAACACACUAAACGCACAACACAAUGCAGAUUUAGCCUUUCCGGUAAAAGUACUGUCCUAUGAACGACAGGCGUAGAUGCAGGCAAGCGGGUGGAUGAACGCCAUAUUGAAGGUGCCUGAGUGUGUCUUCUGUCUUCCGUACAUUGCUCAGGCACGUUCAGUAUGUUGUCCUACGAACACACUUUCAUAGGUACUUAUCCGUUCGAGUAAACACGAAUAUUUAUAUUCAAGAGCAGAUGUGCGCCUAUCUGCUUACGUCACGAUUAAACUGUAAUCCUGUGAGCACACUCACCCAUCAUAGAUGAAACACUAAUACCAUCCAGAACAUCGCGGUGCCAUGGCAACAACUGGGAUAAUAAAGGAGAGGAAAUAAGAAAGAACU